UUUUCAUUUGUGUCUCAAAACUUUUCCUUAAAACCAUGCAUGAAACCUCUCAAAACCAGCUGAGAACUCCCAAUAAAUUCAUAAUAAGUCAUCUCCUUCUCUCUCAAAACCCACCAGAACUCUUGUGGGAAAGAGAUCGAAAAUGGCAGUUUGCACAUUCUGCACAAUCCAAUCCCUCAAUUCUACCUGUUCAAUCUCCACACCCACAAAAACCCACCUAGGAUUUCACCAAAACCAGGUGGUUUUCUACAGCACCAGCCAGAAAACCAGCGGGAGAGGAAGUAAAAAUGGUUCCUCUGAGAUAACAUGCUCCGCUGGUGACUCACAGACUGUUGUGAUUGGCUUGGCAGCUGACUCUGGUUGUGGGAAGAGCACCUUCAUGAGGAGGCUAACAAGUGUGUUUGGAGGAGCAGCAGAGCCACCAAAGGGUGGUAACCCAGAUUCAAACACACUCAUCAAUGACAUGACCACUGUGAUAUGUUUGGAUGAUUAUCAUUCACUGGAUAGGACUGGGAGGAAAGAAAAAGAAGUAACUGCACUCGAUCCAAGAUCCAACAAUUUUGAUCUCAUGUAUGAGCAGGUUAAGGCUAUCAAGAGUGGUGUUGCUGUUGACAAGCCUAUUUAUAACCAUGUCACUGGUCUCUUGGACCCUCCUGAGCUCAUCAAGCCACCCAAGAUCCUAGUCAUUGAAGGAUUACACCCAAUGUAUGAUCAACGCGUGAGGGACCUCUUGGACUUUAGUAUCUAUCUGGACAUCAGCAAUGAGGUUAAAUUCGCCUGGAAAAUUCAGAGGGACAUGGCGGAGCGAGGACACAGCCUUGAAAGCAUCAAAGCUAGUAUUGAAGCUCGAAAGCCAGAUUUUGAUGCCUACAUUGCAGCUGGCCAAGGAAUCAAUAGGACAUUGUUGGAGACAAAUCACUGCAUUGGUCGCUCUCUGUUCCAGUAUGAUCAACGCGUGAGGGACCUCUUGGACUUUAGUAUCUAUCUGGACAUCAGCAAUGAGGUUAAAUUCGCCUGGAAAAUUCAGAGGGACAUGGCGGAGCGAGGACACAGCCUUGAAAGCAUCAAAGCUAGUAUUGAAGCUCGAAAGCCAGAUUUUGAUGCUUACAUUGAUCCACAGAAGCAAUAUGCAGAUGCAGUUAUUGAGGUGUUGCCAACCCAACUCAUUCCAGGUGAUAACGAAGGGAAGGUUCUGAGAGUGAGGUUGAUAAUGAAAGAAGGGGUGAAAUAUUUCAGUCCAGUGUACCUGUUUGAUGAAGGCUCUACCAUCUCAUGGAUACCUUGUGGGAGGAAACUCACCUGCUCUUAUCCUGGCAUCAAAUUUUUCUAUGGUCCUGAGACUUACUUUGGCCAUGAGGUGUCUGUGUUGGAGAUGGACGGUCAAUUUGACAGAUUAGAUGAGCUCAUUUACGUUGAAAGCCAUCUGAGCAACAUCUCCACUAAGUUCUAUGGCGCAGUCACCCAGCAAAUGCUAAAACACUCCGACUUCCCAGGUAGCAACAAUGGCACAGGUCUCUUCCAAACCAUCGUUGGAUUGAAGAUAAGAGACCUCUUCGAGCAAAUCAUUGCCGGCAAGGCUACAGCUCCAAUACAAGCCACAAAAGCCAAAAAAACAAGUGCCUAAUGUAUUAUCAUCCCUUCUCCUUUCCCUAUUGUUUCUGUAGGCUAUUCUUCAUAAGAAUAAGAAACAAUCCCAAGUGUAUUGAAUUCAGAAGUAAUUCUGUGGAGUUUUGUAAUAUAGCAAAGCAAAAACUGAAAGAGAAAUUAUGAAUAACAAUACCCAUUUGGC